AUGGAGGUCGCCUCAUCAGGCGUGCCGAAUGGCGUUUCAGCGCCAGAAGCGACAGCUCUGGUCGACUCCGGCGCAGUCAUCCAGUACCUGACGGAGGUGCUCCAGGUAACACUGGGAGCCCAGAAGUCCGAGCUGGAGGGCGAAGGUAGCUUGCUUUCCGAAUCCAGAUACAACGAAACUUUACAACGGUGCACGCGAUUCGCCUCCGAAUCGCAAGUCGCGCUCUAUGUGCAAAAGGACAUUGUGGCUGCGGAGGAAACAAACGGUGAAGCGGAGGACCAAGGUAGGCCACUUCCAGUCUUGAGGGGUGUGGAUGAUAACGAUUCUGACUAUACGAGCACAGAAGUGGUCGUGCAACAUGUUUACAACCUCUCCUCCGAUAUCUCGUCUGCUCCCACCACCGUGGCUUCGGUAGCUAUCAUUAAGCGACCCGUCCCAAUUGACCCGACCCUCCCGAUGGCGUCGCAAGUCCAAGUCAUGAACCUUCCUGGUCCAGCAUCCCUCAACAAUGCCCCCGCACAGCAGGGCAACUCCAUGCACUUCCAGAUUCUGCACCUCUUGUUACAUCACGGUCUCAGCCCGUACUUCGAAGCAUACACCCGUAGCUUGGACACAGCCGCCGGCACAAAAUCGAAAACCGACACGGAGGCCAAGACUGGUAUUCCAGGCACCAAGAAGAGAUUCGCGGACCUGGAGCUUGGGCUGAUGCACCUCCAGCAGAAUGUGGAGAUUCCAGCUCUGAACCUGCCCCUUCAUGAGGUUGUGCAGGCUGCCUUGAAGGAUGCCGAAACCCGUGGUAUCAAGGCUUCUGUCGAGCUGAUCCCAUCUACUGUGCUCGAGAGCAGCGCUUUCACGAACAGUAUUCAGAAUGUUGUCAACGGUUGGAUUCGGUCGAUCCAGACAAUCACCAAGAUGUCCCGCGACCCCGACAGCGAGUCAGCAUCCCCGGAGGUGAACUUCUGGCUAUCUAUGGAGUCUGCGCUUGAAGGAAUCGAUGCCCAGCUAAACAGCGAAGGCGUUAAAUUGACUAUGGACAUUCUGCGUCACGCGAAACGUUACCAACCAACUCUCAGUUUCGUGGCGGAUACUGGAUUGAAAGAUGCCACUGAAUUGGUUCAGAAGUACAACCAGCUCAUGCGAGAUUUCCCUCUUGACGAGCUCUUGUCUGCAACUUCUCUCCAAAAGGUUCAGGAAUCACUGAACUUGAUUUUCAAUCACUUGAACAAGAAGUUGAAAAUCUGCCCUUAUCCCAUUAAACGCGCACUUUCACUCGUGGAAGCUAUUUCGGGAGAUCUUGAUAAGAAAAUCCAUGAGCUGAUCGCCGGACGCACGAUUCUACACUUGGAUUACCGUGAGUUCAGGUCAUUGAUGAAGAUUACGCAAGCUAUUUGGCGUACUUGGGAUGAGAACCUCAAGGAGUUCACCAACGUUGCUCGUGAGUCAACACGGCGUCGUAAUGAGAAGUUCAUUCCAAUCAAGAUCAAUGCCCGACAUGACAAGACCCGGGAGCGAGUGAAGUAUGUGGACACAUUCAGAAUCAACCACGAGCAGCUUCAAAAGACCAUCAUCAAUGUUCUUGGACCAAACAGCUCUUCAUCCACUGAGACUAAUGCUGGCAUUGACGCCGAUGGCGCGGUCAUUGUCGAGGAAAUCGGUGAUGUUGACGCUGUGGAGGAAGUUGCACACGCUUAUGCCGCAUUGAAAAACGUUGACGUAUUGGACGUUUCCCCAAGUGGCUCUUUGAACUGGGAACAGGCCGAAAUCGCCUACAGCGAGCGUACUUCUCGUGUCGAGAACUCCAUCAUUGCUCGUCUGCGCGACCGUCUAGCAACAGCUAAGAACGCCAAUGAGAUGUUCCGUGUGUUUUCCAAAUUCAAUGCUUUGCUUGUUCGCCCUAAGAUUCGGGGUGCAAUCGGCGAGUAUCAAACCCAACUCAUCGACAAUGUAAAGCGAGACAUCAGUGCAUUACACGAACGCUUCAAGCAGCAAUACGGUAAUUCUGAAGCUCAUGCCAUGGCCCAAUUGCGAGACCUACCACCAGUCUCAGGCGCCAUUAUCUGGACUCGUCAGAUUGAACAUCAACUUGACGGUUACAUGCGCAAGGUGGAGAAUGUCCUCGGUGAAAACUGGCAUCUUCACUCCGAGGGUCAGAAGCUGCAGGCCGAGGGAAAUUUGUUCCGCAAGAAGCUUGACACUCGACCAGUCUUCGAGUCCUGGCUUUGGGAUGUUCAACGACGUCACAUUACAAUCGCUGGUCGGUUGUUCAAUGUCAUUCGUAACCGCUCAGCUGGAAACACCCUAGAAUUGGCUGUCAACUUCGACGCUCAGAUCAUUGCUCUUUUUAAGGAAGUGCGCAACCUCAUCUGGCUCAACUUCCAGGUUCCGCACGCCGUCAGCAACAUCUCGAAGGAGGCUAAGCGAGUUUACCCCUAUGCCAUCAGUCUUAUGGAAAGUGUCCGCACUUUGUUGCAGACAAACCGCCAGAUCAUGUCUAUGGCCGAUGCCAACAUGCUGCUCAAUGGUUACAUGAACGAUGUCCAGGUCAUGGUUGCUAAAGGUAUUCCUCUUCGAUGGGAAUCAUUUGUUCAUUCUUACGAGCUCCAUGUCAAACAGUCGGCACUGGCGAAUGGAGCUAUCGAGUCAUCCUUGCCUGGUCGCUCUGAAAGCAAGCAUGUCCAAUUCGUCCGCGAAUUUGCAUUCUCCGCAUCUACGCUUCAAAGUAAAACGACUGUGCUGAUAUCAAUCAACGAGAACAUUCAGAAGUCGAUCCACGAACUUAAGACGUGUCCAUACGAUGCAUCCGCAUUCAAGCAGCGCCUGGACAGUAUUCAGGUUGCUGUUGACAAGCUUAACCUCGAGAAUUACGUCAACCUGGGAUACUGGGUUGCCCAGCUCAACGCAACCAUCCAGACAAUUCUUCGUGAUCGACUCCACCGUGCUGUCAGGGAGUGGAUUUCUGUCUUCCAAGAUUCAACGAAUGAGAACACCACAUCACAGCAUGCUGUCACAACCGAGGCUGAGGCUUUGAGCUACAAGAUCCAAUUCCCCGAACUUCUCCACGAGAUCUUGAUGAAGAACCAAGUUCUCCAUCUUGACCCGCCUUUGCAGUUUGCGCGCGCCAGUUGGUUCUCUCAUUUCGAUACAUGGCUCGGCGUGAUCUGCAACCUGGAAAAGAUAAAACCGUCUCGUUACCAGAUUUCUAUCGGCGUGCAGAAUGUUCGCCAAUCCGAAGUCUGCUUCUCCGACCUCCCACAGCACUGUACAGAUGAGCUGAAUGAAGUCUACAACGUUGUUGAAACAAGACUGAAUGGGGUUUCCGAGUAUGUCGACAAGUGGCUACAGUUCCAAUCGCUUUGGGAUCUGCGGUCUGAGCAAGUUUACGACAUUUUGGGCGACGACCUCUCACAGUGGCUUCAGCUGCUCCAAGAGAUCAGAAAAAGUCGAGCUACGUUUGACACAUCUGAAGUCAGCCGAGGAUUUGGGAACAUCAGAAUUGACUACGAACAAGUUCAGACCAAGGUCAAUGCCAAAUAUGACCAGUGGCAGCAUGAAAUCCUUGUUAAAUUCGGCUCCAAGCUGGGUGGACGUAUGAGAGAGGUUCACUCGGAGAUCGCUGCAGCCCGUCGGGACUUGGAGGGCCAGACUUUGGAGGCCUCAUCUACCGCACAUGCGGUCUCGUUCAUCACCAUCGUUCAACAGUGCAAGCGCAAGACCCGCGUCUGGGAACCAGAAGUUGAUUUGUUCCGUCAAGGCCAGACUACACUCGCCCGCCAACGCUACCAGUUCCCUUAUGACUGGCUUCACGUUGAAAAUGUCGAUGGCGAAUGGACAGCACUCAACGAGCUUCUCAGCCGCAAGAGCAAGAUUGUUCACGAGCAGACCGAAGGCUUGCGCGCGAAGAUCACCGCGGAGGACCGAGUCAUUGCCGACAAGAUUGCCGAAGUCAUCGUCCAGUGGAACGAUGAGAAGCCCGUAUCUGGUACCAUCCCCCCCGAGGAAGCCUCUCGCACUCUUAGCUCGUUCCAGUCUCGCCUCGAGAAUCUUCAGUCUGAGUUUGAGAUGGUCUCCAAGGCCAAGGAAGCCCUCGAUCUCACUGCAAGUGCCGAGUCCUCGCUCCCUCCCAUUCUUGAAGAGGUCCAGGACUUUAUGUCUGUAUGGGCUGCUCUAGCAACCAUUUGGAACAGUCUCAAUGACCUUCGCGAUGGGCUGUGGACUAGUGUACAGCCCAGGAAGCUUCGCCAGGCCCUUGACAAUCUGAUCAAGAUGACCAAGGAGAUGCCUAGCCGGAUGAGACAAUAUGCUGCCUUUGAGCAUAUCCAGAAUGUCCUCCGCCAAUUGCUCAAGGUCAACACUCUGCUCUCUGACAUGAAAUCCGAAGCUGUCAAGGAGCGACACUGGCAUAAGAUCUACAAGAGCCUGAAACCCGACAAGCGAUUCUCUCUUGUAUCUUUGACUCUUGGUGAUGUUUGGGACCUGCAACUCGCAUCAAGCGAUGCCAUCAUUCGCGGUAUCAUCGCGCAGGCUCAAGGCGAAAUGGCAUUGGAAGAAUUCUUGAAGUCUGUUCGCGAGACUUGGCAAAACUACUCUCUCGACCUAGUGCACUACCAGAACAAAUGCCGUCUCAUCAAGGGAUUCGACGAUCUGUUUGCCAAGUGCAGUGAGAACUUAAACUCCCUUCAGGCCAUGAGACAUUCUCCAUACUACAAAGAAUUUGAAGAGGAGGCCACUGCCUGGGAGGAUAAACUGAACCGUGUCCACGUUCUGUUUGACGUCUGGAUCGAUGUCCAACGACAAUGGGUCUACCUUGAAGGUGUUUUCACCGGAAAUGCCGAUAUCAAACACCUGCUUCCCCUGGAGUCCGGCCGUUUCCAGAACAUCAACUCUGAAUUCUUCGCUGUCAUGAAGAAGGUUUACAAAUCUCCAUUUGUUCUUGAUGUACUUGCUAUCGUUGAUGUUCAAAAAUCCCUGGAAAGAUUGGCCGAUCUGUUGAACAAGAUUCAGAAAGCACUCGGUGAAUAUCUUGAGCGGGAGCGUGUCUCAUUCCCUCGCUUCUAUUUCGUGGGUGACGAGGAUCUGCUGGAGAUCAUUGGUAACAGCAAUGAUAUCUUCCGAGUCGCCAAGCAUUUCAAGAAGAUGUUUGCCGGUAUGUCAGGCCUUGUUAUGGAUGAUGACAACAACAUUGUUGCUUUCACUUCCAAGGAAGGGGAGGAAGUCCGCCUGAAGAAGGAAGUCAACCUCCUCAAGACUCCCCGGAUCAAUGACUGGCUUUCAGCUCUGGAGAACAACAUGAAGUUGACCUUGGCGGAGCUCCUUGGCGAAGCCGUCGAGCAAUUCGAUACCCUUUACAAUGCUACAGACGUCGAUCGGACUGCCUUCAAUGACUUCCUUGCAAACUACCCUGCCCAGAUCGUUGUCCUCGCCAGCCAGGUUGUCUGGACCAACUCGGUACAGAAGUCCUUGGAGGAAGGCGGAAGCACACUGCCUGCUUUGCACGGUGCUGAGGUUCGAAUUCUGGAGCUUCUCGCUGCUACAGUUCUUGGUGAGCUCGACCCCAUCACGCGCAAGAAGUGUGAGCACAUGAUCACAGAGUUUGUGCACCAAAGAGAUUGCAUUUCCAAGCUCAUCAGCCUCAAUGCUACCACAUCCACGCAUUAUCUAUGGCUACUCCAGAUGCGUUAUGUAUACGAGCCAGAGGGUGAUUUCCUGCAGCGUCUGUAUGUUCACAUGGCCAAUGCCAAACUCAACUACGGAUUCGAAUAUCUGGGUGUUCCUGAGCGGCUUGUUCGCACUCCGCUUACAGAUCGUUGUUUCCUCACCCUUACCCAGGCUCUCUGUCAGCGACUAGGUGGUUCCCCCUACGGUCCUGCUGGUACUGGUAAGACCGAGUCCGUGAAAGCAUUGGGUCUCCAACUUGGUCGUUUCACCCUUGUGUUCUGCUGUGACGACACAUUCGACUUCCAGGCGAUGGGCCGUAUCUUCCUUGGUAUUUGUCAAGUGGGUGCUUGGGGUUGUUUCGACGAAUUCAACCGUUUGGAGGAACGCAUUCUGUCUGCUGUUUCCCAGCAAAUUCAGAACAUCCAGAUUGGUUUGAAGAACAAUAGCGACGGUGAUAAGUCUCAAAUCGAUCUUGUUGGCAGACGACUUGCUGUGAAUUCCAACACUGGAAUCUUCAUCACCAUGAAUCCUGGUUAUGCUGGUCGCUCCAACCUGCCGGACAAUUUGAAGAAGCUGUUCCGCAGUGUUGCCAUGUCUAAGCCAGACAAGGAACUCAUUGCUGAAGUCAUGCUCUUCUCUCAGGGUUUCAAACAGGCCAAGCCUUUGUCCAAGCAAACUGUUCCCUUCUUCGACCACUGUGCUUCCCGGCUGUCCAAACAAGCUCACUACGACUUUGGCUUGCGUGCUCUGAAAAGUGUCCUUGUCAGCUCGGGUGGCCUCAAGCGUGCUCGUUUGGCGAACGCUGAUGGAGAGCUUGGACCCGACGAUAUCAUCGAACCCCAAAUUAUUGUUCAAAGUUUGCGGGAAACCAUCGCACCCAAGCUUGUACGCGAAGAUGUGGAGAUUAUGCUGGACAUACAGACCGAAGACUUCGCUGGUGUUGAUUACGUUCCUGCCAAUUUCGAGGCACUGACCCAGGCAAUCCGCGAUAUCGCCACCAAGGAGCAGCAUCUUGUCGACAGUGAAAUGUGGAUCAACAAGGCGCUGCAGCUGUAUCAGAUCCAAAGCAUUCACCAUGGUGUGAUGAUGGUUGGAAAGUCAGGAGCUGGUAAAUCUGCCGCCUGGAAAAUCCUUCUUCAAGCAAUGCAGCGGAUUGAAGGCGUCGAAGGUGUUUCCCACAUCAUCGACUCCAAGGUUAUGUCAAAGGAAGCCCUCUAUGGUAACCUGGACAGCACUACCCGUGAAUGGACGGACGGUCUGUUCACCGGAAUUUUGAGAAAGAUUGUGGAUAACCUGAGAGGUGAAGACAGCAAGCGCCACUGGAUUGUCUUUGAUGGAGACGUCGAUCCUGAAUGGGUUGAGAACUUGAACAGUGUUUUGGAUGACAACAAACUACUCACGCUUCCUAACGGAGAGCGUCUCAAUCUGCCUCCAAACGUGCGCAUCAUGUUUGAAGUCGAGAGUUUGAAAUAUGCCACUCUCGCCACGGUCAGUCGUUGCGGUAUGGUGUGGUUCAACGCCGACACUGUCACGCCGACAAUGAUGAUUUCCAACUAUGUUGAAAGUCUGAGAACCAAGGUGUUCGAGGACUUGGAUGAGGAUACUGUUCCCGCAGGAACUGGAGUAAUUCGGGCUCAGGAUGCCCAGGACACUGUUGCAACCAUACUCAAGCAGUUCUUGGAGGUUGACGAUCUUGUCCUCAAAGCUUUGGACGAGGCCAAGAAAUACAACCACAUCAUGGAGUUCACCGACAUCCGUGCUCUCAACACCCUCUUCAGCUUGUUGAACAAGGCCUGCCGCAAUGUUCUUGAAUACAAUGCCCAGCAUCCAGACUUCCCUCUCGAUCCUGAGCAGAUCGAGUCUUACAUGUCCAAGAAACUUCUUCUGACACUGGUCUGGUCUCUGACGGGUGACUGCCCACUUGCUGAUCGCAAGGCAUUUGGUCAAUACGUUACGGGAAUGUCUACCAUUGAUCUUCCACCUGAUGGCGACUCGUCUCUCAUUGAUUACGACGUCACUCUGCCUAAAUCGGAAUGGACUACUUGGCAAUCACAGGUGCCCACAAUUGACAUCAACACUCAUUCCGUCACUCAAACUGACGUGAUCAUUCCCACCGUUGAUACUGUCCGACACGAGGAUGUGCUGUACUCGUGGCUCGCUGAGCAUAAGCCCUUGCUACUUUGCGGUCCUCCUGGAUCUGGUAAGACCAUGACAUUGUUUGCGGCGCUCAGAAAGCUUCCCAAUAUGGAAGUUGUUGGUCUCAACUUCUCGAGUGCUACUACACCCGAUCUUUUGAUCAAGACAUUUGAACAAUACUGCGAGUACAAGAAAACUCUCAACGGCGUGGUGAUGUCUCCUAACCAAAUCGGUCGUUGGCUUGUCAUCUUCUGCGACGAAAUCAACCUUCCCGCCCCCGAUCGCUACGGUACUCAACGCGCCAUCUCAUUCUUGCGACAACUUGUCGAGCAGAAUGGCUUUUGGAGGACCACUGACAAGACAUGGGUUUCCCUGGAUCGCAUUCAGUUUGUUGGUGCUUGUAACCCUCCUACCGAUGCUGGCCGUACGCCAAUGGCUGAGAGAUUCCUGCGCCACGCGCCCCUUGUCAUGGUUGACUACCCUGGCGAGAUAUCUCUCAACCAGAUUUAUGGCACAUUUAACUCCGCUGUUCUCAAGAUUCUCCCAUUGCUGCGUGGAUAUUCUGACGCCCUCACCAAGGCCAUGGUACAAUUCUACCUCGAGUCUCAAUCUCGCUUCACGCCCAAGAUUCAGCCCCACUAUGUUUAUUCACCCCGUGAACUUACUCGAUGGGUCCGUGGUCUCUAUGAAGCAAUCAAGCCUCUUGAAACUCUUUCCAUCGAGGGUCUCAUCCGCAUAUGGGCGCAUGAAGCUUUGCGUCUAUUCCAAGACAGACUGGUAGACGAAGAGGAGAGAAACUGGACAGCAGAUGCCAUUCGCCGGAUUGCCUUGGAACACUUCCCCACGAUUAACGAUCAAGAAGCUCUGAAGGGCCCUAUCCUUUUCUCCAAUUGGCUGUCGAGGAACUACGUGCCAGUCGAACAGGAGAGUCUGCGCGACUUUGUCAAAGCACGUCUCAGAACCUUCUGCGAGGAAGAGGUGGAUGUUCCACUUGUGCUGUUCAAUGAUGUCUUGGAACAUGCUCUGCGCAUCGACCGGGUAUUCCGCCAACCCCAGGGUCAUCUUAUUCUCAUUGGUGUUAGUGGCAGUGGAAAGACCACACUAUCCCGCUUCGUCGCUUGGAUGAAUGGCCUCAAAGUCUUCCAAAUCAAGGUUCACGGAAAGUAUUCUUCUGAAGACUUCGAUGAUGACCUUCGCAGCGUUCUUCGCCGAGCAGGAUGUAAGGGCGAAAAGAUUUGCUUCAUCAUGGAUGAAUCCAAUGUCCUUGAUUCUGGCUUCUUGGAACGCAUGAACACUCUUCUUGCAAACGCUGAAGUGCCCGGUCUCUUCGAAGGCGAUGAGUUCUCCUCGCUUAUGACCGCCUGUAAAGAGGGUGCUCAACGUCAAGGAUUGCUCCUCGAUUCACAGGAGGAGCUUUACAAGUGGUUCACCCAACAGAUUGUCAAGAACCUUCACGUUGUAUUCACCAUGAAUCCACCAGAGGAUGGCCUUUCUUCAAAGGCAGCCACUAGUCCCGCCUUGUUCAACCGUUGUGUGCUCAACUGGAUGGGUGACUGGUCUGAUCAAGCUCUGUUCCAGGUUGGCUCGGAGCUCACUCAGUCGGUUGAUCUGGACAAACCAAAUUUCGUUUCGCCUGAUAGCAUUCCAGUGGCCUACCGUGAGCUGUCGCUCCCGGCCUCGCACAGAGACACUGUUAUCAACUCAAUGGUAUACAUCCAUCACUCGUUGCAUCGCUUCAACGGUCGUCUCCAGAAGCAACAAGGUCGUGCGACUUUCCUCACUCCUCGCCACUAUCUAGACUUUGUGGCGCAGUACGUGAGUCUGUUCAAUGAGAAACGUGAGGAUCUCGAGGAGCAGCAACGUCACUUAAAUAUUGGUCUCGAGAAACUUCACGAUACUGUAGACAAAGUGAGCGAUCUGCGCGGCAGUCUUGCUCAGAAGAAGACACAAUUGGAGAAGAAAGAUACGGAAGCAAACGAGAAGCUCCAACGAAUGGUUGCCGAUCAACAAGAAGCAGAACAGCGGAAGCAAGUCUCAUUGGAAGUGCAGGCCGCAUUGAAGAUACAAAAUGAGGAGGUAGCAACUCGGCGAGAGGUUGUUUUGAGCGAUUUGGCUCGAGCAGAACCCGCAGUCGAGGAAGCGAUGAAGAGUGUCAGCAACAUUAAGCGUCAGCAUCUCACCGAAGUUCGAUCUAUGGGUAAUCCCCCAGCCAGCGUGCGGCUUGCGCUUGAAGCCGUGUGCACGCUUUUGGGCCAUACCGUUGACAGCUGGAAGACUAUUCAAGGUCUUAUUCGCCGCGAUGAUUUCAUUGCCAGCAUCGUCAAUUACGAUAACUCAUCGCAAAUGACACGCAAGCACCGUGUGAAAAUGCAGAACGAGUACCUUUCAAAGGAGGACUUCACAUAUGAGCGAGUCUUCCGUGCCAGUAAGGCCUGUGGUCCUCUUGUUCAAUGGGUUGAAGCUCAGGUCAACUAUUCUACCAUUCUUGAUCGCAUCGGUCCUCUUCGCGAAGAGGUUGAUGAGCUCGAGGCUAAGGCACUCCAAACAAAGGCCGAGGCCCAAGCGAUUGACAAUACGAUCAAUGACCUGGAAAGCAGCAUCGCAACUUACAAGGCUGAAUACGCUACCCUCAUCAGCGAGACGCAAGCGAUCAAGUCCGAGAUGACUCGAGUUCAAUUCAAGGUCGACCGCAGUGUUCGUUUGCUCGACAGUCUCGCAUCAGAGCGUCAGCGCUGGGAAGAAGGCAGCAAGUCUUUCGAGACUCAAAUUAGCACCUUGGUCGGCGAUGUUCUCAUUGCAGCUGCAUUCCUUGCAUAUGCCGGUCUUUAUGAUCAGCAGUUCCGUAAGGCAAUGACCGAGGACUGGAUCCACCAGCUGGGGGCUUCUGGAAUCGACUUCAAACCUCACAAUCCCAUCACUGAGUAUCUGUCCAAUGCCGAUGAGCGUUUGACUUGGCAAGAACAUUCCCUCCCUGUUGACGACCUGUGCACCGAAAAUGCGAUCAUCCUCAAGAAGUUCAACAGAUACCCACUCAUCGUUGAUCCAUCAGGUCGUACCACGGAAUUCUUGCAAAAAGAAAGCAAGGAACGCAAGCUUACCGUCACGAGCUUCUUGGACGAUUCCUUUGUCAAGCAAUUGGAGAGUGCCUUGCGGUUCGGAAACCCGAUCCUCAUCCAAGACGCCGAGCAUCUGGACCCCAUUCUCAAUCAUGUCCUCAACAAGGAGUAUCAGAAAACCGGCGGCCGUGUGCUCAUUCAAUUGGGUAGACAAGAAAUUGAUUUCUCGCCGUCCUUCAAGCUCUUCCUUUCGACUCGGGACCCGUCUGCCUCCUUCCCUCCUGAUAUCUGCAGUCGUACCACGUUUGUCAACUUUACGGUCACGCAGAGCAGUUUGCAGACGCAAUCUUUGAACGAUGUCCUGAAAUUCGAACGCCCUGAUGUUGAUGAGCGCCGCAACAACCUCGUCAAGAUGCAAGGCGAGUUCAAGGUCCACCUUCGCCAGCUUGAGAAGCGCCUUUUGCAGGCCCUCAACGAGUCUCGUGGUAACAUUCUUGAUGAUGAUAACGUCAUCGAGACACUCGAGACACUCAAGAAGGAAGCUGCGGAUAUCUCUAAGAAGAUGGAUGAGACUGAAGGUGUUAUGGCCGAGGUCGACAGCGUCACGCAGAAGUACAGCAUCAUUGCUAGAUCCUGCAGUGCAGUCUUUGCGGUACUGGAGCAACUGCAUCACAUCAAUCACUUCUACCAAUUCUCUCUUCAGUACUUUGUCGACAUCUUCAAUUCUGUUCUCUACGAGAACAAGCGUCUUGCUCAAGAGAAAGAUCACUCUGCACGAGUCCAGAUCAUCAUCCGCGAUCUGUUCAUCAACACUUACCAGCGAACCUCACUGGGUCUGGUUCAAAAGGAUCGUAUCACACUUGCUAUCCUGCUUGCUCAAGCUACACCUUUCCCCAUGGAUAGAACCCUGCUCGACCGCGUCCUGGACGAAUCUUUACAGGGCACAGACCUUUCCACCGAGAUCGAUUCUCGCGACGAGGUGAUGACCAAGCUGGCCAACAUGUCCAUCUUUAAGGAACAUCUUCCCGGCGUCGCUCAAGAACAAUGGGAUCGAUUCUUUGGCGAAGAGCUAGCAGAGAAUUUCAUUCCGCCCAUGUGGGAUGAACAUGUCUCAGAGCUUGACCAGCUACUACGUUCCUUGCUUCUUGUCAAGGUCUGCCGCAUGGACCGAUUUGUGCCCACCGCUGAGCGCUUCAUCGUGGCCGUCUUUGGUCGCGAGCUUUACGAAGGAGGCGCCGAUCUACAACAUGUUGUAGAGCAAGUGACUGCAACUCGACCCAUCGCUCUCAGCUCAAGCCCUGGCUUCGAUGCCAGUUACAAGGUCGAUGCUUUGGUGGAGUCCACGCGCGCAACCUGCGCCAACAUCGCUAUGGGUUCAAACGAGGGUCUCGAGAGUGCCGACAAGGCCAUCAGCAACGCUGCUGCCGUCGGUAACUGGGUAUUGGUCAAGAACGUCCACUUGGCUCCUGCUUGGCUUCAGAGUCUGGAGAAGCGACUGGAUUCGCUCAAGCCACACCCACAGUUCCGCCUGUUUUUGUCGAUGGAGUCAAGCCCCAAGAUCCCUGUCAAUCUGAUCAGAGCCUCUCGUGUCUUGAUGUACGAGCAGCCUGCCGGUGUGCGUGCCAACAUGAAGGAUUCACUCUCCUCUCUCAAUACCAGAGCAAGCAAGGCGCCCGUCGAAAAGGCCCGUGUUUACCUUUUGCUCUGCUUCUUCCACGCCGUGGUCCAGGAGCGUCUCCGCUACGCGCCCAGUCUUGGGUGGAAGGGCUUCUGGGAAUUCAACGACAGCGACUACGAGUGUUCAGCCUACAUCAUUGACCACUGGGUUGACAGUGUCGCCCAAGGCCGGUCCAACGUCGCACCUCAGAAGAUUCCAUGGGAAAUGAUUCGCACCUUGAUCGCAGAGAUGUACGGAGGCAAGAUCGACGAUGCAGAAGACUACCAGCAGCUCGAGAACCUGGUGCACAGCUUCCUUACUCCUGCUGCAUUCGAAGAUGACUACAAGCUCGUCUCUGGUGUCGAAAAUGAUGAUAUGCUCACCCUGCCCGGCACAACCAAUAUGCGUGACUUCGUUACUUGGGUCAACAAAUUACCGGAGCGUGAGCCUCCUACCUACCUCGGACUCCCUGCCAAUGCCGAGAAGCUCUUGCUGGUCGGCCAUGGACGCAAAAUGAUCUCCGAUCUAUCUCGUGUUACAACUCUCCUUGACGAGGGCGAACAAUUGAUGGUCGAUAGCUGA